AUGCAGGGUGGCGGUAUCGAGAACCCGGUGUUUGAGCCACCCAGCCCCGACCUCGGCCGCCAGCGCCAGGCGAGCCCCGCCGGGGCAGAUGCCGACGUCCCCGCGGCGGAGGCUGAGGAGGGGCCCUGCGGGUGGGGCCGCUGCGCCCCUAAGGCCUUGCAGCUCUGCAACAACCCUGAGGGCUACCUGGCUGUCUACAGCCUCCUGGCUAUCUUCCAAGGUAUUGUGGUGAAUGGCCUGAUUAACAUAAGUAUUUCAACAAUUGAGAAGCGUUAUGAGUUGAACAGUUCCCUCACUGGCUUAAUCUCUGCAAGCUAUGACAUUGCUUUCUGUAUAUUGUCACUGUUUGUAUCUUUCUUUGGAGAAAGAGGGCACAAACCACGAUGGCUUGCUUUCUCAGCAUUUAUGCUAGGAUUGGGCUCGCUUGUAUUUUCCUUACCACACUUCAGUAGUGGUAAAUACCACUAUGGAGCUAAACUUGAAGAUUGGGUGCGAUUACUGAUAAAUUCCGAGAGAGGGCGACCAAGGUACGGGCAUGAAAACAAUGCUGCAUACAAAUACCAGCUUAACCUCAUGGCCAGUGAUGCAAUCAUAUCAUACUUGACAUUACCCAGUACAGCAACAUGA